GUUGUGUACUUAUCUGUCAAUAAACUGAUUGUGAAUAAACUGUUACAAUUACAAUUCCGUGUUAAAAUAAUUCAUCAUGCCAAUCUUAGACAAACGUAAAGGCGAUGAUAUUUUGGCAUUGGUUCCUGCUUCAAAAAGGACUAAGAAUGAAGUGGUCUUCAGUAGCAGGGAAAAAGCGGUCGUACAAAACGGACCACCUAGAACCUCUUCUUUGUUAGCACCGAUUAUGCUUUUGGAAGGGCAUCAAGGAGACAUAUUUUCUCUCGAAUUUCAUCCCGAGGGCCAGUACCUGGCUUCCACCGGUUUCGAUCGACAAGUUUUUAUUUGGAACGUUUAUGGAGAAUGUGAAAAUAUAUCUGCGAUGACUGGACACAGUGGAGCAAUUAUGGAAUUACACUUUAGCCCCGAUGGCAGUCACUUAUACACUGCUAGUACAGACAUGACAUUAGGUUUAUGGGACAUAGUCGCUGGUACUAGAAUUAAAAAACUCAAAGGUCACACUUCUUUCGUUAACUCUGUUUCGGGUGCACGAAGAGGUAUUACGCAACUUUGCUCCGGUAGCGACGAUAGUACGAUACGCGUAUGGGAUCCUAGGAAAAGAGGACAGUGUUACACUUUAAACAAUACAUAUCAGGUUACCGCCGUAACAUUUAACGAUACAGCGGAACAAGUAAUAAGCGGUGGAAUAGACAACGAUAUAAAAGUAUGGGAUCUGAGGAAGAACUCCAUUCUUUAUAAACUUAAAGGACAUUCGGAUACCAUUACUGGCCUGAGCCUGAGUCCUGAUGGCUCCUAUAUUCUUUCCAAUGCCAUGGAUAACACGUUAAGAAUUUGGGACGUAAGACCGUUCGCUCCUUACGAACGAUGCGUCAAAAUUCUUUCCGGCCACCAACAUAACUUUGAAAAGAAUCUAUUAAGGUGCGCAUGGUCACCGGAUGGCAGCAAAGUAUCAGCUGGAUCAUCGGACAGAUUUCAUUAUGUUUGGGACACUACGAGUCGCAGGAUAUUGUAUAAAUUACCUGGUCAUAAUGGCUCUGUUAACGACAUCGAUUUCCACCCAAAGGAACCGAUUGUCUGCUCCGGGUCUAGCGAUAAACAAAUAUAUUUAGGAGAAAUCGACGCUUCGUAAUAAAAUUUAUAAUUAUGUUUCGGCGACUUUUAUAUUUAAGAACGUGUACAAAAAUAAAAUAGUUGAGACUUGUAAAAUA